CUGGCUGAUGGGCAGUGAUGAUACUACACACAAACAAAUCCCAUGUUGCCCAGAAAACUGGGACCUGCUUUCUCUCCCAGAAGGCCCUAGGGUGUGGCUGAGUGAGCUGACCAUUUGAGAAUCCUUGAAAAUAUCCAGAGAGAAAUCCCCUGCCAGGGAUUGACAGGGUCACACACAACCCCACUGCCCCACACAUUGGCCAGGACUGAGGGUGCCGGCACCAUUGUAUGGGUUGGAACAAGCAAACAGUCACUCGGCCCCUGGUACAGUCAGUGAUGGCCUCGGUGCUGGGAUCGUUGCAAAUUGGUUACCACACAGGAAACAUCAAUGCCCUACAGAUGGUAAAUGCCCAGGAGAAGGAAAUGGCCUCAUCUCAGGCCUCAUCUCAGGCCCACCUUGUGAAAGGUGAUUGAGGAGUUCUUCAACCAGACCUGGAAGGAGCGGUUCCAGGAGCCCAUGUCUCUCCAUGCACUCACCAUGCUUUGGUCCUUCACUGUCAGCACCUUGGCUUUGAGGGCCACUGUUUCAGUGCUCACUGUGUGCAUAGUGGCUGAUCAUUAUGGAAGGCGCAAUUCCAUCCUGAUUGCUAACUCCCUCUCCCUCAUGGCCGUGGCAUUCAUGGGCGUCUCCAAAAUUGCAGGCUCCCUGGAGGCACUGAUUGUGGGGCGCUUCCUCAUUGGGCUCUUCUGUGGACUCAACAUGACCCCGAUUCCCCUUUAUAUCCAGGAGAUAUCCCCAACCAGGGUCCGUGGGGCCUUCUCCACCAUGAACCAGCUGUCUCAGACAGUGGGCAUCUUCGUUGGGCAGAUCAUGAGCCUGGAGAACGUCUUGGGCACUAGCCGAUGGUGGCCACUCAUGCUGUCCUUGUCUGCCAUACCUGCCAUCCUCCAGUACCUCACCCUCCCUUUUUGCCCCGAGAGCCCCCGUUACUUUAUCAUCAGUUGCCACGAAGAUGAACUGGCUGCCAGAGAACUCCAGAGGCUCAGAGGUACCCAGGACGUCUUGGAAGAGAUUGAGGAGAUGAAGGAAGAAGCAGCCAACCUUAAGGGAACAGAGGAUGUCACCACGCUGAGACUAUUCAUUGUCCCCGGCUACAAGCAGCCCAUCCUGAUUACUCUCAUUCUUAAUACCAGCACCCAGCUGUCAGGGUUCAAUGCUAUAAUCAAGUAUUCCACAAAAAUAUUCCGGCUAGCUGGUGUUGCCCAUCCCACACACACCACCAUGGGAAUUGGGGCCAUUAACAUCCUCUUCACAAUAUUCUCUGUCUUCCUUGUAGAGAGACUGGGCCAGAGGAGCCUGCUCAUGUUUGGCCAGUUUGUUAUGGCUUUAUGCAAUAUGCUGCUCACUCUUUCCAUUGCUACACUGGGUGAAGUGCCAUGGACAAACUACUUUCUCAUCUUGGCCCUUUUCACCAUGGUGGUAUUCUAUGAGAUUGGUCCUGGUCCCAUAUCUUGGUACAUCACAGCAGAGCUCUUCAGCCAAUCAGCGCGUCCUGUCACCAUGGGGCUCACCAGUAGUUGGAACUGGUUUCAUAAAUUCAUCGUAGCCAUGUUCUAUCAGCCGCUCCUGCACCUGGUGGGCCCCUAUAUCUUCCUGCUCUUCACAGGCGUCCUUCUGGUGGCCGUUCUCUACACCUACUUCCGAGUGCCGGAGACCAGGGGCCGCACCUUUGAAGAGGUGGACGCCGAGUUCCGCCAGGCUGACGCCAUCUUCACUAGCUGCUUUUAG